AAAUUAACUUUUAUUCUUAAUUAUUUUCUUGCUGGCUCGUGAACUACUAUUAAAGAAAAAUCAAGAAAAGCUCCUGAGUACUGGAAAAAAAUAAAGCAGAGACGAAAAAAGCAGAAGACGACUUUAUCUUUUUCUGGUUUUUGUUGUUCUUUGACUUUAUGGGCUCUUUUGUUUUAGAUUUAGGCUCCUACGGAUCUGCUUAAAUCCUUGUGAUCCUGUUUCUUAUUUUUUCUGUUUACCCGUAAUUUCCGGAGGAUUCAAGUUCUGGAGCAGACCCAGAUUCUGUUCUAGCUUUACUGAGUUUCUGGAUUUGGUCGGAGAAGCUGAGGUUAGGUGGAUUUGUCUUUCAAGAUUGAUGUGAUUUAAGCUUCUGGGUUUCUAAUUCUGCCUCUGCUUGUCUGAAAGUCAGUGGAAUCUCUCAUCUCAGUGUGAAGCUCUCUGUUUUGGGCAUUUCUGGUUAUAAAGAAAGGGUUGGUCUUGUUGAAAAACAUCCUUUGAAGAAGAAAUAGAAAUGUCGUUUAGGAGCAUUGUUCAAGAUGUGAAAGAUGGGUUUGGGAGCUUGUCGAGGAGGAGUUUCGACUUCAGGCUCUCGAGUCUCCACAAAGGGAAAUCUCAGGGAUCUUCGUUUCGUGAGUAUUCGUCUUCCCGUGAUCUUUUGUCACCUGUGAUAGUUCAGACAAGCAGAUGGGCUAAUCUUCCUCCGGAGCUACUCUUCGAUGUGAUUAAAAGAUUAGAGGAGAGCGAGAGUAAUUGGCCUGCAAGAAAACAUGUCGUGGCUUGUGCUUCUGUUUGUCGGUCUUGGAGAGCUAUGUGCCAAGAAAUCGUCGUAUGUCCUGAAAUCUGUGGGAAGCUCACUUUUCCAGUUUCCCUCAAACAGCCAGGGCCUCGUGAUGCAAUGAUUCAAUGUUUCAUUAAAAGGGAUAAAUCAAAGCUAACAUUUCACCUUUUUCUUUGUUUAAGUCCCGCUCUACUCGUAGAGAAUGGGAAAUUUCUUCUUUCGGCUAAAAGAACUCGUAGAACUACUCGAACCGAGUACAUUAUCUCCAUGGAUGCUGAUAACAUCUCAAGAUCAAGCAACGCUUACCUCGGAAAGCUCAGAUCAAACUUUCUUGGGACAAAGUUCUUGGUAUACGACACACAACCACCACCAAACACAUCUUCGAGCGCACUCAUCACCGAUAGAACAAGCCGAAGCAGAUUUCACUCAAGAAGAGUCUCUCCUAAAGUCCCAUCAGGCAGCUACAACAUUGCUCAGAUCACAUACGAGCUCAACGUGUUGGGCACACGCGGGCCACGGAGAAUGCACUGCAUCAUGAACUCCAUCCCAACUUCAUCUCUCGAACCGGGCGGUUCAGUCCCUAACCAACCGGAUAAACUCCUCCCUCCUCCACCACGGUCUUUCGACGACUCGUUCCGCAGCAACAUCUCGUUCUCCAAAUCAUCGCUCGACUACCGCUCCGUAGAUUUCAGCAGCUCAAGAUUCUCCGAGAUCGGAGUUUCUUGCGAGGAUGACCAAGAAGAGACGAGUUUCAGACCGUUGGUGCUAAAGAACAAGCAGCCUAGGUGGCACGAGCAGUUGCAAUGCUGGUGUUUGAAUUUCCGAGGGCGUGUCACGGUUGCGUCGGUUAAGAAUUUCCAGCUUGUGGCGGCGAGGCAGCCGCCGACGCAGCAAGGGACAGGCGGCGGAGCAGCGGCUGCUGCUGCACCGGCGCCUCAUCCGGAGCAAGACAAAGUGAUUCUACAGUUUGGUAAAGUGGGGAAAGAUAUGUUCACGAUGGAUUAUAGGUAUCCAUUGUCGGCGUUUCAGGCGUUUGCUAUUUGCUUAAGCAGCUUUGACACUAAGCUUGCUUGUGAAUAAAGAAGAAAACAACUCAUCAUCGACCUUCUACAUUCAAGCUAAUCUUUAUGUCUCUCCAUUUAUCUAUGCAUUUGGUUUUUUUUGGGGGCAAAAUCAAAUUGUCUGAAUAUUCAGUUGUUACUGUGAGAGUGACUCAGAAGUCUACUAUUAACAUCUUUCUCUAUUCUAAA